CCCACCCAAACCCAUCCAGCCUUGAGGGAGCUAUUACCACUCCGUGUACCGGGAUGCGCCUGUGCCUGAUGAGAGGGGAGAGGGGCCAUGUCUGUCUUCGUGUGUCUGUCUGUACAAUAUCCCUGUCUGCGCUUGUGCCUGUUGCUAUGCUUGUGCCUAUGCCUGUAGGCAUUAUCUCUUCCUCAAUCUUCCUGGACAGACGGAAAUAGAUUUCUGUCCUGGUCGCAAUAAUCGCCGGCGAUGCCUAGGAAGGU